CUGAGCGACGGGCGGCCAUUGUGCGCGAGCGAGGCUGGAGUUGGCGGCCAACUGCCGUUCACUCUCCUCCCCUCAGACACACACAGACACACACACUGCCCACCCCCCCCCACCUCACCUCGUAGAUCGUCGCCAUUGUCACUCUCUUAAAGACCGACCCGAACCCCCCUCCUCCCCCCCCUCCCGCUAAAAAGAUUGAAAACCGUCAGGAGGGGAAACUCGUUCGUCGACGAGUCCGUCGCCUCGCGCGGGCCAUGUCGGACUUUGACGAGUUUGAGAAACAGCUGCACGAGAACCGGCAGGAUCACCUACAUUUUCUAGAACGGGAAAAAGAACGUCACAAGAAGCGAAGUAGAAGCGGAUCGAGAAGUAGAAGCCGAGAUAAGAAACGGAGAAGUCGUAGCCGUGACAAGAGGAGCCGGAGUCGAGGGGCAAGAAGCAGAAGUAGAGAAAAGCGGAGUAGCUCACGAGAUCGGAAGCAGCGUCACAGUCGCUCUCCCCGUCGCUCUCGAAGAAAGAAGCCCUAUAAGUACUGGGAUGUACCUCCACCGGGCUUUGAGCACAUUACUCCAAUGCAAUAUAAGGCCAUGCAAGCUGCAGGGCAGAUCCCAGCGACAGCGCUACUGGCAACCUCUACAGCAGGUGGUGUGACAAUCACACCAACACAGGUUCCAAUCAUCGGCAGCCAAAUGACCAGACAGGCGAGACGACUCUAUGUUGGCAAUAUACCCUUCGGUGUCACAGAGGAAGCCAUGGCAGACUUCUUUAAUGCUCAGAUGCGUCUAGCUGGCUUAUCGCAGGCUCCCGGGAACCCUGUAUUGGCUGUGCAGAUCAACCAAGAUAAAAAUUUUGCUUUUCUUGAGUUCCGUUCAGUUGAUGAAACGACACAGGCCAUGGCAUUUGAUGGCAUCAUCUUCCAGGGUCAGUCUUUGAAGAUCCGACGUCCACACGAUUACCAACCUCUGCCAGGCAUGUCUGAGCAACCUUCUUUCCAUGUCCCAGGUCCGUCAAAAAAUGCAUCGUCCGUGUGCUGGACUUCCUUUGCAGGCGUGGUGUCCACAGUGGUCCCGGAUUCUCCCCACAAGCUUUUCAUUGGCGGUUUGCCCAAUUACCUCAAUGACGACCAGGUGAAGGAACUUCUGACGUCAUUUGGCCCACUGAAAGCUUUCAACCUGGUGAAGGACAGUGCAACAUCUCUGUCCAAAGGAUAUGCCUUCUGUGAAUAUGUGGAUGUCAAUGUUACUGAUCAGGCUAUCGCAGGUCUGAAUGGAAUGCAGCUUGGCGAUAAGAAGCUUAUAGUACAGAGGGCCAGUGUUGGUGCAAAGAAUGCUAAUCCGAAUGCCAUUAUUCAAACGCCAGUGACUGUCCAAGUGCCCGGCCUUCCAUCAAUGCAAGUGCAGACCACAGGGAUGCCCACAGACAUCUUGUGCCUGUUAAACAUGGUAUCACCAGAAGAGCUGAUUGAUGAUGAAGAGUACGAGGAAAUUUUGGAAGACAUUCGAGAAGAGUGCAGUAAAUAUGGAACUGUGAAAUCCAUUGAAAUCCCUCGACCACUGGACGGACUAGAAGUGCCUGGCUGUGGCAAGAUAUUUGUGGAAUUCAUCUCAUCUCUAGACUGCCAAAAAGCAAUGCAAGCAUUAACGGGACGUAAGUUUGCCAACAGAGUUGUAGUUACUAAGUACUAUGAUCCAGACUUGUAUCACAGGCGUGACUUCUAACACAUCACCUUGCUGUUCGCAUAUCUGACUAAAAGAAACUUUGUUUAUAGCUAUGAUUAGAUUGUACAAAACAGGACAGAUUGGGUCGGUAUGUAGUAGUCCAAUUCAGUUUAUUUUUAAGCACGAAUGUAUUGUAUCUGUUGUGAGUGAGUGAUCAGAUCAGCUGGGUGCAGCUUUGUGUUCCAGGAGUUGUAAUAGCAGAGACUUGUAAAUGGGAUUGUAUCUUUUCUAUAGUGUUGGGCAAAUUUUCGUCAGCUUAAAAAAAACUGUUUAAAUUGUAAUGGGCUGCUCUGUCAGUCUGGUGAAACCAGUAUUUUAGAGUGUACCUGGUUUCAUGAAAUAAACAUUGAAAUGAAAGUGA